AUGUAUGGAGAAAAGGAAAAGCCCAUGACGCGAGAGGGCAUCUCAGAGGGCUUCAAGAAAACCCCAAAAGAUUCGGACAGCAGCAACCCAAAAGGUCGGCCAUCAGUCCAGGACCUAAAACGCGUGUCUGAAUCCUUCCAGGAAAUCGAUCCAGUCGACAAAGAUCUUGAGCUCUUCUCAGAGGGCUCCAAGAAGUUCAAAACAGAAUCAGAGAAAAACAAUAGGAAACGUCAGUCACCGCGCAAGACCUCAGCAGGCCCGUCCGGAUCCUUGGUAGGCAUCAACAAAGUUAAUGAGUCUGAGAACAAUCCAGCGCGCUUCGAGGAAUGCAAGGAAAGCUCUGAUAGCGGCAACAGAGAAGGCCAGCCGCAACCCAAGACCGCAGCAGGCCCGUCCGGAUCCUUGUGGGGUCUCAAUCAACUUAAUGAUCUUUCUUGUAUUCCACUGUUUGGCAUGGAUAUGGGCAUCAUUCUUCCGCGCGGCUUUGACUGUGCCAAGGUGAUGAACGAUAUAGACAAGUGCUACAUCGUCAAGCGCAUUCUCAAUGAAGUCACGGUGCCCAGCCGCAACGACCUUGCCCAGUUCAACAAAACGCACAUGUCAUGGUACCUGUUCAACCCCUGGUGUCUUUUCUUCACUGCACUGCGCGAUAAUCUGGCUCGAAGGAACCCGGUCAUUGCUGAAAAGCAGCUGAACAAGGAUGCAACUCAAGAAUCCGAGAGUCGCAUCGAGGACGAAGAUAAAGACGAGCCGACCUCAGAGGGGCUUCUCCAUCGCUUCAUGGAGGUUAUCCUGCUGCUGUUCUCCAUCCUUCGUGGCGAACGGGAUGAUUGGCGCAGUACCCCGCGCCGUACAGUGGUCACAACAGUUGUCGGAAAAUCUAAGUGCACCAUUGAAGACGACGGGUAUGUCUACCUCACGCGCGGUGGCCUUCCCACCGCGCAGAUCUUCGCGGAGCUGCUGUCGGCCGCUGUUCUCAACAUGGAGUAUCUGAACGAGAAGGUCCCAGGCACAGGAGGCAAUCUCUUACCGACAGAUCUGUCGAGUCAACCAGACAAGAUCCCUAGAGGAGCUGAGUACCAUGAUUCCUUCGUCUUCCACAUCGAACAUUACUACCUUCGCAUUCACACUGCACGCUUCCCGACGGAGUACUUAAAAUGGGUGACCCAACCUGCCGAGUCGUCUAAUCGGACAGACGUCAUUGUGCAGAAGGUGACGGCGCCCUACGACCUUUCCAAGCCGGACGACCGCCUCCGCGCGGCCCGAGAUAUUCUGAUCUUGCUUUUUGCCAUCCGUGCCGGACGUACCGCUGAUCCGCAGGGCUUGUUCGUGGCUCGUGCCGUGGUGCCGCAAACGCACAAGGCGCUGGUCGUACCGGAGCCUAUGAAUGUGGAGUAG